AUGCCAUCCAACUUUGAAGAGAAUUUACUGAAGGAAGAACACACUUGUCAGGAAUAUGUCUCUAAUACGUCAUUAGGAAAAGGGCAAGCGGUAGUGAAGCAAUUGAUCUCGCAAAACGGACCUAGCUCGAUUAUCUUAUCGUCUGAUACCAUUGUAACCUGCAACCAGGAAGUAUUUGAAAAACCCCAGACUAAGGAAAGACAGCUUGAAAUGUUCCAUAAGUAUCACCAGCAUCCUGAUUUGGAAGUUAUAACGUCAGUGAAUAUCAUAAAAUAUGAUUCAGUCACAAAAGAGUCGAUUAUAAAAUCAGCUAUCGAGAUUACCAAACUUAGGUUCAACGAUGAAUUAUCGGACGAAUUCUUGAAAUACUACGUUGAUAGCGAAGAGGGUUUACACGUAGCAGGUGGUUUCAAGUACCAGGAACUAGGAUGCUUAUUAUUUAAGUCUAUUGACGGAGACUACUUUAACAUAGUUGGCUUGCCUGCUGGAACUACAUUCCGGCUAUUGUCUGACAUUUUACAACCAGAUCACUAA